GCCCAGCUGAGCAGCAGGGGGCGAGGCAGGUGAUGGCGGCCGCGACGGCGCUGAGCUCGGAGCGGCUGGAGGUCUCCAUUGACGGCCUGACUCUGAGCCCGGACUCGGAGGACGCCAGGGCGGGCCAGCCGGAUGUUAGGCCGCUCCCUGCCGGGGUGGAUCGCCUCAGUCGGGCAGGGAGUGGUGGGGUUCAGCCUGGGCAGGAGGCCGACGAUGACGAUGACGCCGGCGGGGACAGCGGCGACGGAGCGCUGAGCCUGGAGCGCCGGUGGGGCUUCGGCCUGGAGGAGUUGUACGGCCUGGCGCUGCGCUUCUUCAAAGAAAAAGAUGGUAAAGCAUUUCAUCCAACAUAUGAAGAAAAACUCAGACUUGUAGCAUUGCACAAGCAGGUUCUGCUGGGACCUUACAAUCCGGAUAUUUGUCCUGAAGUUGGAUUCUUCGAUGUGCUGGGGAAUGACAGAAGGAAAGAAUGGGUUGGUCUUGGAAACAUGACAAAGCAGGAUGCUAUGACAGAGUUUGUAAAGCUCCUAAACAGGUGCUGUCAUCUCUUCUCAACAUAUGUUACCUCUCAUAAAAUUGAAAAAGAAGAGCAGGAAAAGAAAAGGAGGGAAGAGGAGGAGCGUAGGAGACGUGAAGAAGAAGAACGAGAGCGUUUACAAAAGGAGGAAGAGAAACGUAGGCGAGAGGAAGAAGAGAGGCUGAGACGGGAGGAAGAGGAAAGGAGGCGGAUAGAAGAAGAGAGGUUUCGGAUGGAACAGCAGAAACAACAAAUAAUGGCAGCACUGAAUUCCCAGACUGCUGUCCAGUUCCAACAGUAUGCAGCCCAGCAGUACCCAGGCAACUAUGAACAGCAGCAGAUCCUAAUUCGUCAGCUCCAAGAACAGCAUUAUCAACAGUACAUGCAACAGCUUUACCAGGUCCAACUUGCACAGCAACAGGCGGCUUUACAAAAACAGCAAGAAGCGGCAGCUGCAGCAGGAGCUUUAGCAACUUCGGCUUCAAAGGUGAAUUUGGCUGCCACAGGAGAAAUACCAUCUGUCAAUGGACAGGUCAAUGUACACACGGACAACCCUGAAAAAGAUCUGGAAACAGAUGCUUUAGAAGAAGCACUAGAGAAUGGACCAAAAGACUCAGUUCCUGUUAUAGCAGCACCAUCCAUGUGGACACGACCCCAGAUUGCAGAUUUCAAAGAGAAGAUUCGCCAGGAUGCAGACUCAGUGAUCACCGUUGGCAGAGGAGAAGUGGUGACGGUUCGUGUACCCACCCAUGAAGAAGGCUCCUAUCUCUUCUGGGAGUUUGCUACAGACAAUUAUGACAUUGGUUUUGGAGUGUAUUUUGAAUGGACAGAUUCGCCUAACACAGCAGUCAGCGUACAUGUUAGUGAAUCCAGUGAGGAUGAGGACGAGGAUGAAGAAAAUGCCAGCAAUGAAGAAAAAGCCAAAAAGAAUGCCAACAAGCCUCAACUAGAUGAAAUAGUGCCUGUGUACAGACGAGACUGUCACGAAGAAGUAUACGCUGGCAGCCAUCAGUACCCAGGGAAAGGAGUCUAUCUUCUUAAAUUUGACAACUCUUACUCACUAUGGAGGUCAAAAACAGUUUACUACAGAGUCUAUUAUACUAGAUAAAGAUCUUGCUGCAGUGUCAGAGUCUGGGGCUGUGCAGAAGAUGUCAUGUUAUUUGAAACUUCCUUCAAGCAUACUGGAACUUUUGACUCUAUUACCCUGUCUGGUGUAUCUGUAUGGGGUUUCUUGUGCGUGCGUGUGUGUGAACGUUGACACUGGGAGUUGGUCUUUCUUCUGCAGCCUCAGUGUUGAUGCAGGUUUAAUGGGGUUAGGCAGGAUCUUCUUUGUCCUUUCUGGUGAGGUGGCUGUGCCAGAUUGAAGACAGAAGGUCAUGCAAGCAGACAUGUUGACCUUUUCAAAACCCCUUCAACUUGAACACACAAAUAUAAAAGGGAGAUGGUUCAUUGAUGGUGGUCAGUAUGGCAUUGCCUGACCUAUAUGAGUUGAACGUUUUAAAAAAACCUGUUAACUGUUCAUUUGAGGGUACCAGCCUUAUUGGGGGGGGGGAGGAUGGAUACGAUCUGCACUGUAGCAAGCAAGUUUCUUAAAACUGUAUUUGAAUGUCAGAUUUU